CGUGGCCGAUGAGCCGAGCGAGCUGGGGGCGGGGCCGCCUGGGGGGGAUGAUGUAGGGGAGCUCGCCUUUCCUGCCUCACUCGCAGCUGCCGGGUAUUUCGGAGACAGUCUCCCGCCUCCGGACCGGCGUGCAAACCUCUGAUCCUGGAGCCGCUCGGCCGCUGGGAACCGUCCCCUUGGGUCGUCGCCCGGGCCGCCCGCCGUUCCCCGGCCCCGAGGAACCCGGCUGGCAGCGGCGUGGGGAGAGAUCAGCAUGAGCCAAGGGGUCCGCCGGGCAGGCGCUGGGCAGGGGGCAGCGGCCGCGGUGCAGCUACUGGUCACCCUGAGCUUCCUCCGGAGCGUCGUCGAGGCGCAGGUCACUGGAGUUCUGGAUGAUUGCUUGUGUGAUAUUGACAGCAUCGAUAACUUCAAUACCUACAAAAUCUUCCCCAAAAUAAAAAAAUUGCAAGAGAGAGACUAUUUUCGUUAUUACAAGGUUAAUCUGAAGCGACCUUGUCCUUUCUGGGCAGAAGAUGGCCACUGUUCAAUAAAAGACUGUCAUGUGGAGCCCUGUCCAGAGAGUAAAAUUCCAGUUGGAAUAAAAGCUGGGCAUUCUAAUAAGUACUUGAAAAUGGCAAACAAUACCAAAGAAUUAGAAGACUGUGAGCAAGCUAAUAAACUGGGAGCAAUUAACAGCACAUUAAGUAAUCAAAGCAAAGAAGCUUUCAUUGACUGGGCAAGAUAUGAUGAUUCACGGGAUCACUUUUGUGAACUUGAUGAUGAGAGAUCUCCAGCUGCUCAGUAUGUAGACCUAUUGCUGAACCCAGAGCGUUACACUGGCUAUAAAGGGACCUCUGCAUGGAGAGUGUGGAACAGCAUCUAUGAAGAGAACUGUUUCAAGCCUCGAUCUGUUUAUCGUCCUUUAAAUCCUCUGGCACCUAGCCGAGGCGAAGAUGAUGGAGAAUCAUUCUACACAUGGCUAGAAGGUUUGUGUCUGGAGAAAAGAGUCUUCUAUAAGCUCAUAUCGGGACUUCAUGCUAGCAUCAAUUUACAUCUAUGCACAAAUUAUCUUUUGGAAGAAACCUGGGGUAAGCCCAGUUGGGGACCUAAUAUUAAAGAAUUCAAACGCCGCUUUGACCCUGUGGAAACCAAGGGAGAAGGUCCGAGAAGGCUCAAGAAUCUUUACUUUUUAUACUUGAUUGAGCUUCGAGCUUUGUCAAAGGUGGCUCCAUAUUUUGAGCGCUCAAUUGUUGAUCUUUACACUGGAAAUGCAGAAGAAGAUGCUGACACAAAAACUCUUCUACUGAAUAUCUUUCAAGAUACAAAGUCCUUUCCCAUGCACUUUGAUGAGAAAUCCAUGUUUGCAGGUGACAAAAAAGGGGCCAAGUCACUAAAGGAGGAAUUCCGAUUACAUUUCAAGAAUAUCUCCCGUAUAAUGGACUGUGUUGGAUGUGACAAAUGCAGAUUAUGGGGAAAAUUACAGACUCAGGGUUUAGGAACUGCCCUGAAGAUAUUAUUCUCUGAAAAAGAAAUCCAAAAGCUUCCAGAGAAUAGUCCAUCUAAAGGCUUCCAACUCACCCGACAGGAAAUAGUUGCUCUUUUAAAUGCUUUUGGAAGGCUUUCUACAAGUAUAAGAGACUUGCAGAAUUUUAAAGUCUUAUUACAACACAGUAGGUAAUAAAGGCUUUUAUGUGUCUAACUAGAGACAUAAAGUGACUGUGGAAAGCCUUUUAAUUAUAAGCAUUCAGCAGAAAGAGACUAAUCUGACUUCAAGAAUUCUGAACUCAAAUAGAAAAUUUAAAUGCUCACUUGAAUAUUUAUGAUUCUUAAUAGAUUAUCAACUAGAGAUAUUUAUAAAUGAAGUAUAUACUUUUAAAAUAUGUAAGUUAUACUAAUUUCAUGUGUUUUCAUGUGCUGAAAAUUCUAUUUUUUUUUAGAAUUGGUUUUGUUUUUAUUCUAUUAUCCUUUAUUUCCAGUUGUCAAACUUCAGAUGGCUAUGUCUGCAUUCUAAUAACACUGUUCACAGUCUGAUAUGGAAAAGGAGAACUAGGGAAUAGAUGUUGCUUAGGGCUGGUGUCAGUGAUAAAAAAUUAUCAAUGCUUUUUAAUGCAUUUUUACUCUUGCCUCACUCUGUGUGUGUCACUUUCUAUAAUAUAAAGAAAUAUUAUAAUAUUUCUAGAAUCUGGAACUGUCACCAUGAUGAAUGGCCCUUGCAAUACAUAGGUACAGAAACUCCUUAAGAUUCCCCAGGACUUCAGUUUCACUGGUUUUUAUUUGCAGUUUUUAGUUGUUGUUAUUGUUGCUGUUUCCAGUCUAAAGGACCUGCUUUGAUAAAGGUGAACAAGACCUCUCGCCUAUGCUACCCAGCCAGAUUUCAUGUGUGUAAUGGGCUGGCCCAAGAGUGUGCUUUUACUUAGAACUCCUUUUGAUUUUGCUUUUCUUUGCCCCUAGAAAUUUUAGGGACAAAGACAUUUUGGAAAUUGUUACUUUUAGAAAGAAAACAUUGCAGAAAUAUUUAACACAGAUUACUUCAUGAUAAAAUUUGAAUGGGAUUAUAUGAAUUUAUAAUGCCAACUGAAAAUAUUAUAUACACAAAAGUUGCUAUUUUCACUUAAAGUAAGCAUUUUUAAAGGAUUUAUUUUAGAAUACAGUCUAUGCAAUCCUCAAACUCAGUGAGCUUUUCCCUGACAGAAUAUAUAAAAAGGUAGAUUAGGUCAACCCUCCUUUAAGCUUCCUCUCCCCUCACCUUUUCUUUUCACUGUAUAUAAACGGUACUUUCUGUGAUUCGUAGCAACAGAGGACUCUUAAGUCCUAAACUGUCAUUUUCUAAAUCUGGGAUUUAAAAUCUUUAAACAGUAUUUAAAAUCUUCAUUUUUUUUUUAAAUGUCAGCAGAUACAAUUUGGAAAGUUGCAUCUGUGUAGAAGUAAUGCAGGUAUAAGAUCUAGAGUUUUUCCUUAGACUCUUUAGUCUUUUCUGAAUUAAAGAAUAAGUGCUCUUAAAUCCA